AUGACGAAGUGCCGCCUCAGAUCUCUCUGGUCCAGAAUAUUUUGCUCCCGAAGCCAUCGGAUAGCGCAAGCCGCCAGGCUAGAAAACUCCAAGCAAGCUGAAAAUGAGAACGACGCUGCCUUUCCUGACCCGGCUGCAGACAGUGGCGUCGUCCGCGGCACGACGAAGCGCAGCCCGGAAGUGCUAGAGCAUUACUUGAAAAUGCUCGACGGGGAAAUCGCGAUGGAGACAUUGAACAUGAAGCGCCGGGAGAGCAUGGAGUUGUGCAGGGUCUUCAUCAGAAAGCACGGCUAUCCAGAUGACCACUUUUUCAUAUGGGCGAUGCACGGGGUUGUCAAAGUCUUGACAGAAAGGGAAUUCCGAGAGCUUCCUCGCUCGUCAACUCCCAGAAAAGACUCAUUUUUUGUUAGCUCCCCCGAGUCCGAGCCGUAUGAACUUGUACUUGAAUGCGUCGUCUUAGUCUAG